AUGAAACGAGGAAGGAAAACGAAUGAGGCCAACAGCAGUUCAGAGGCAGCCGAGAAAGGAUCCAAGAGACACAAGGCUACCGACGAGAAGACCCUAGCUGUGCAAAGACCUGACUGGGCGAACCUGCUUCAAGACAUUAUCCUGCAGGUAUUCCAGUACUUGCCCCUUCUGGAUCGCGCUCACGCGUCGCAGGUCUGCCGGAGCUGGAACCAAGUCUUUCAUAUGCCCGAUCUCUGGAGGUGUUUCGAGUUUGAACUCAAUCAACCAGCUACGUCUUACUUGAGGGCUACGCAUCCUGAACUAAUCAAGCAAAUAAUAAAGCGGCAUUCCAAUCACCUGCAGUACGUCAGCUUCAAGGUGGACAGUAGCAAGGAAUCUGCAGAAGCAGCUUGUGAUAUUUUAUCGCAGCUCGUGAACUGCUCUCUGAAAACACUUGGGCUAAUUUCAACUGCCCGGCCAAGCUUCAUGGAUUUACCAAAGUCUCACUUUAUUUCUGCACUGACAGUGGUGUUUGUAAACUCCAAAUCCCUGUCCUCGCUUAAGAUUGACGACACACCGGUAGAUGAUCCCUCGCUCAAAGUGCUAGUGGCUAACAACAGCGACACCCUCAAACUGUUGAAAAUGAGCAGUUGUCCUCAUGUUUCUCCAGCUG